AUGCUUUUGCAAAUCUUAUGCUUUUCAUGGCUCAUGUCUAGUUUCUUUUUGUAUGUGUUUUCUAAAAGCAGAGCUAUUGCGCACGCCUCCAGACAUCUGAAUCUGUGUUUUUGUUUUCUAAGUUUAUUUUCUCUUUCGGACCUAUAUGUGCUUUGUGACAAGCUUUCUGUUCGUGCCUCAGCCUGCUGGAAAGUGCACAUCCAGCAAACUCACACAAGUUCUGGCUUUAUGGAAAGCCGGCCUGCCUGUUCUGGCCCUGCUGCAAAAUGCCCGAGCAUGCUUAAAUUUCAUGUGCGCCUGCUUAGUGCGGCAAUAAACUAUAAAAUGCACAUUGUUAGGCCUUUGUAUUUAUUGAAGAUUGCAGCCCCCGGCCUCCGGGCAUAUGAGAAGCUUGCUAAUAUCACAUAUUCCGGGAAAAGUACCCCUGAAAAAACACAGAAUAGAUUCUCUUCAAGACCCAGCGAAUACUCAGAAGUCUCUGGACGCGCAGGCCCUAGCCCACAGACUUUUUCUUUGCCGACAUAA